ACGAUUUUACUCUCAAAUUCUGUCAUGAUAUUUGUCACUCAAGUAUUCAAUCCGCCUGAAAUAGCUGAACAAGAAUCAACAUAUAACCAUAGAUUAGUGUUCGGGAUGAAGAUCGAAACUCCCGAGCGAGCUUCGAUCGUGUUCCAGUCGAAGCUCCCUUGAAUCCAAAAUAAGUGGCGCAUCCUCGAGUGCAACAGCUCGGUUCGAGUUUUGUUCGAAUUGGCGCAAGAUCGGUGGAAGCUCGAAAAGAUUGAACACUACCAUAAAGUAAUUUGGAGGUUCAUGGACACCAUCAAACUUGUCACUCCAUACUGUAAAUUCAUUCCCGGUGAGACUCGCUUACAAGCAAUAAAAUUUGAAUUAGAGCGUCGACGCCUUUCAACUUCCAGUUUUUACAAUGCAGACGGUGUCCUCAUUGACAAUAGUUCUGGCAUGGAGCUUGCGCUUUUGGAGACGACAGGGCCAUUUGGCUUGAAAAAUAUCCCGCGUGAGACCACUGACCACGCAAAAGCGGUCUAUGGACUUAUGGCGAUGUUACACAACAUCGCUUACACUUAUAUUUAUGCCGAUGCUGAUAUUUUUUUGAGGCUUAGAGUAUCUUUAUUCAUGCUGCCGGUGAAAAAUACGUCUUUGGUCCUUUGGAAUUUGACCAUGCUAUAUUGUCAUGAAAAAGAUGCCGCUAACAUGAUUGCAUGUUCUCGUCAUUAAAAAACCAGUGGAUGCUAUAUCCGAUAAUGAUAUUUCAUUCCGAUCUUUAGCAAUGCGCAUCUUACCGCAUGCAAAGUGAAAUGUUACCCACAAGUAAUGUCGAUUGCAAGGAAAAAUUUAAGAAUAUCACGAAUAUGAUGUGGGAAUUAAAGACUGGAAUAGAUAACUCUCAUGACUUAUUGCAAGAGAUAAAAGA